AUGGCGGCCAAGUCAAAGAAGCGGCUGUCUAAAAUUGAAAAUAAGUUAUUAAAAUUAGAAAACUUAGAACUAAAAGAUGUAAUUUGUUCAAUUUGUCAAUCAAUUUUAAUAGAACCUGUUACAUUACCGUGUUUCCAUGAUUUUUGUCAACAUUGCUUUAAAGGUAGCAUAGAAAAUAAUGCUCUGUGUUGUCCUUUAUGUCGUUUGCGAAUCGGUUCCUGGCUAAGGACAGCAACAAAACAAAAGAGUUUAGUGAAUAUUAAACUUUGGAAUUUUAUUCGAUCAAAAUUUUCACACGAAAUUGACAUUAAGUCGAAAGGGGAAGAUAUUCACUUACCACAAGAGGCACCUUUACUCCGAUUAAGUAAACCUGGUGAGAUAAGAUCAGAAUAUGAGGCUGAAAUAAGACGUUUGAGACUAGAGCGUCAGAGGCUGGAAGAAAAGCAUAUAGAGGAGACUGAGCUACUAAUCAAAAAACUUCAACAAGAGGAGGAAGAGGCACAUAAAAACUAUUUAGAAAGCUUAAAACAUGAUGAGAUUCUAGCACAAGAAAUGCACAAAGAACAAGUAAAGAGCCACAUUCUACCAUGCUUAAAUUCUAAAACCAAAUGUUUAAAUCCUAAAUCAACUGUUACAAAAGCCAAACUUAAAGUAACUAAGAUUGAUAGCUAUCUUUCAAAGAUGAAAAUACCCUCUGUUGGAAAUAGUCCAUUACUAACUGAUGAUAAUACUAGUACAGACAGUUCUACACCCAAAGUCCACCAGUCUACUAAAUCUCUCAAUGGACCUUCCCCUGAAAUAGUCCCAAGCUAUGGAAAACUAAUCAAGAGCUUUAUAGAUAAAAGAGUUAAAAAUGCUCCUAGUUUAUGGAAUAAAGAAAAUGGAGACGCUUUUAAAGAAAAGAAUGAAGAUCCUUCUAAGCAGGUUGAAAAAGGAGUAACUAGUACUGAAGAUAUGUCGAAAGUUAAGAGCUCAGUUCCUUCAUUACUUGUCUCAUUACCAUAUACAGGAAUACUUCAACACAAAUUUAAUGUAGCUGACAAUAGGAAUAUAGAGACCAGCAGUGUUGAUUCUAUGCGAGAAGAGUUAUGCUAUUUUAAACCCAUUGAAGCAACUACACCUACUAGUUUUAAUACAAAAUUGGGUCUGCCAAUCAGAGUGCCAGGCGUUCGAGUGCAUAGGCAAACAGCUUCGCCGUCUUGUGAGCAGGAGCCAACUAGAACGCAAUAUUUAGAUGGCCUCUGUCGCCUUCGCCAUAAGUCCCUAACAAAAAACUUGUCAUCCGCUUUUGUAAUUGCAAUUGAUAUUCUAAAAAUUGAAAAGGAACCUGCAAAGUGUGAUACAAGCAGGGCUAAAGUCAAGAAAACUGUAUCAACAAGCCCAUGCUUAGCAACAGCCUUGCCAAUUAAAAGAAAUGCCAAUAGAAAUAAACAGAUUGUACAUAUUGAGGGUAUUCAUAAACUAAAUGCUAAAACAAAUUUAAGACGUACAAGGUCCAUGGGUAGUAUAUCAAAAGACGAAAAUGAAACAACACCUAAGAAAGGCAUGGUGAAACCGAGAAAAGUGUUGUCUGAACGAAAGCCAUAUUUAAGAAGUGAUUCUAAAAAAUCCAGUACCAAAAAAGAAUUGAGCAGUCCAAUAAUUUCAGAAUCACUUAAUAACAAUAAGGUCAAUUUAGCUGUAAAAAAUUUGUCUAGUCCAUUGAAGAAUUGUGAUGUUAAGAAAAUAUUGCAAGAACAACUUCGGAUUGAAAAGUUAAUUGAACAAGAAAAGAAUGACUUUGAAUUUGCUAGGAAAAUGGAAGCAGAAUGGAAUUGUCGAAGACAUCCGCGCCGAGCGACUAUUAAACGCCAAGUGACUUUAAACUAUGCCCUCAGGCCUGCCAAAAAACUUAAAGUGUAA